CACUUGGUGCCACCAAAGGCAUCACAAAGGAGGAAGCCAUGAAGGACAAUCUUCUCACCUUUGAUGACCUGGAAAACCUAAAACUUGCAGAAGAUUUGGCGAAGACAUGCUUUGAGAUGUAUUCAGUAACUUCCACGGGGCUGGCUCCAGAAAUUGCAUACUUUCAUACUCAGGCACAUUCUCUAGGCCGUCUUGAUGGUGGAAACAAGAGUUCAAAAUAUGUGAAUGACAUAAUAUUCAAACGAGCUGACCAUCAUAAUUUGUUGCGUCCUGAAACUGUUGAAUCCUUGUUUGUAUUAUACCGUAUCACUCAAGACCAGAAAUAUCGUGAAUUGGGGUUGGCAGAUUUUUGAAGCAUUUGAGAAGUACACAAAGGUGGAUUCUGGGGGAUACACUUCUUUAGAUGAUGUUACCGCAAUUCCUCCUCAUAGAAGAGACAAGAUGGAGAGCUUUUUUCUUGGUGAAACACUGAAGUAUUUAUACUUGCUCUUUGGGGAUAACUCCGUUCUACCACUGGAUAAAUAUAUAUUUAACACCGAAGGUCAUCCUUUUCCAAUUGAAGAAUGGCAAAGCAUUCACAAGGGAAGGCAUGGAGAAGCUUAACGUUUGCUGGCCUGGGAAGAUACUCUAGCGGUCUUAAACAUGGUUUUGUACUUUUAUCCCGUGAUAAACGGAUUCAAUGGCCAGAUUUUAAAAGGUCUUGGCAUAACUCAUAUGCCUACAAAAGGAGAGUGACAUGGACAUUUGAAGACGUUCAGAAAUUUCUAGUGAUGGAAACCCAUGAGAGAUGACAUUUGGGUUCUUGCUGCAUUUGUAAGAAGAAAAGGGAAAUUAGAUCAGUCAUUAAGAUUGGCAAGGUCAUUUGGGGAUUUAAUGCAGAUUUAUAGAGAAAGAAUGAAGAGCCUCUUCAACAUGUAAAGCCCAAAGUAAUGUUACUAAUACCAGCGAUUUGGUUAGUAGUCAUUAGAUUUCAAUCUAUUUGGACUCAUCAUAUGUAAGUUCCAACUCGUUUCUCUUA